CGGCGCGGAUUGGCGGGUGGCGGCGGAUCGACCCCGUGAUUGGCAGGCGACUGUAGCGGCGGGUGCGCGGUGGCUGCUGAGCAGUUUGUUUUGCUCGUGGCCCGGGCGCCCUGUGGCGGCGGCGGCGGCGGCGAGCGACUGGGACCGCCCGGGACCGCCCGUCCUCUCCUCAAACCCCCGUCGCCGCGCCGAGACCCGAAGGGCGGCCGCCGGAAGGAGGCGGUGGCGCGGGCCUGGGAAUGUGGCGGCGGCUGUGAGCCCUCCCCCUCGGCCCAGCCGCCAUGGAGCUGCAGCAGUGACAGCCCCGUACCUCAGCGCGCCGCCGGGCGCGGGCGCGCCGCCCGCCGAAAUGGAUGAACAAGAGGCCUUGAAAUCCAUCAUGAAGGACCUGGUAGCACUUCAGAUGAGCCGGCGUCACAGACUGCCUGGAUAUGACACUAUGAAGAAUAAAGACAGCCCUCACUCCCACAAACAGAAAAAACACAAUGCCAGCAGUCCGCCCAUCUUGGGCAGCCCUGCAAUAACAAACCAGUGUGCCUCUGCAGUGGAAGAAAAAAAAAUUCCGAGUGAUGUAAGGAUCAAGUUUGAACACAACGGGGAGCGACGAAUUAUCCCAUUUGUCCGUCCCGUGCGCUAUGAAGAUGUGCAACAGAAAGUGAAAACAGCCUUCGGCCAGCCACUGGACCUCCACUACAUGAACAAUGAGCUGUCUAUUCCUUUGAAAAACCAAGAUGACCUGGAUAAAGCAGUGGAUCUCUUAGACCGAAGCUCUAAUGUGAAAAGCCUUAGAAUAUUGUUGCUGUCUCAGGACAGAAACCAUACCAGUUCUUCACCCCAUUCUGGACUGCCCAAACAAGUCAGGAUUAAAACUUCCCAGUCUGUGGGGGAUGUGAGCACAUCCUAUCAGCAGCCAGAACCCAGAAGUAGGCAUCUGUCUGUCAGUUCCCAGAACACAGGUCGGAGUUCACCACCUCCUGGUUACGUUCCAGAGAGGCAGCAGCGCAUCGCUCGGCAGGGUUCCUACACCAGCAUAAACAGUGAAGGGGAGUUUAUCCCAGAAACCAACGAGCAGUGUAUGCUGGACCCUUUAAGCAGUGCUGAGAACUCGGUGUCAGGAAGCUGUCAGUCCUUGGACAGGUCAGCAGACAGUCCCUCCUUUCGGAAAUCCCGGAUGUCGAGGGCACAGAGCUUCCCUGAUAACAGACAGGAGUUCUCAGACCGUGAGAACCAGAUCUACGACAAAGCAGGGAAAGGUGGCACCUACCCUCGGCGCUACAACGUCUCCAUGCAGCACAAAGACUACAAUGAUGGCCGGAGGACGUUUCCCCGGAUACGGCGGCACCAGGGCAACCUCUUCACUUUGGUCCCUUCCAGUCGCUCCUUAAGCACCAACGGAGAAAACCUGGGCCUGGCCUUGCAGUACCUGGACCCCCGGGGACGUCUGCGCAGCGCUGACAGUGAGAACGCCCUUGGUGUGCAGGAGAGGAACGUUCCCACCAAAUCUCCAAGUGCUCCAAUAAACUGGCGGCGAGGGAAGCUGCUGGGCCAGGGGGCCUUUGGUCGUGUGUAUCUAUGCUAUGACGUGGACACAGGCAGGGAGCUGGCAGCUAAGCAGGUCCAGUUUGACCCAGAGAGCCCUGAAACAAGCAAGGAAGUAAGUGCCCUGGAGUGUGAAAUUCAGCUGCUGAAGAAUCUCCAGCACGAACGAAUUGUUCAGUACUACGGCUGCUUACGGGACCGGGCAGAGAAGACCUUGACCAUCUUCAUGGAGUAUAUGCCAGGGGGGUCAGUGAAAGACCAGCUGAAGGCUUAUGGUGCUCUGACGGAAAACGUGACCCGGAAAUACACCCGCCAGAUCCUCGAGGGAGUCUCCUACCUUCACAGCAACAUGAUUGUGCAUAGGGACAUAAAGGGAGCAAAUAUUCUCCGUGACUCUGCUGGGAAUGUGAAGCUUGGGGACUUUGGGGCCAGCAAACGGCUGCAGACAAUCUGCAUGUCUGGAACAGGCAUCCGUUCUGUCACUGGCACGCCGUAUUGGAUGAGCCCAGAGGUGAUCAGCGGAGAAGGCUAUGGAAGGAAAGCAGACGUGUGGAGCCUCGCUUGCACCGUGGUGGAAAUGCUGACGGAGAAGCCGCCCUGGGCAGAGUACGAGGCCAUGGCAGCCAUCUUCAAAAUCGCCACCCAGCCAACCAACCCCCAGCUGCCCUCCCACAUCUCGGAACACUGCCGGGACUUCCUAAAGCAGAUCUUUGUGGAAGCCAGGCACAGACCCUCUGCUGAAGAGCUGCUCAGACACCAGUUUGCACAGCUCCAGUACUGAAUUACCUCCCUCGCUUGCAGCUCCUUCUGGGCUUCCGGUGCCCCGUCUGGUCUAGUUGCAACUGCCCAUUGUAGCGCUGCAUCUUCCAAAUGCCAACUCAGCUGUCCUAGUCCUUUGGGGAAAUGAUGCCAAGGAACCUAGGGUCUGCUCUUGUGCCUGAUACCUUCAUUUGCUGGACUAAUGUUUGUUCUACUGACAGCUGUCCAAACAGAGUUGCAUUUUUUUGCCCUAGUCCCCUUGAUGUGGAAGUGCAGCUGGCUGCAAUGUUUUCUGCAGGCCCAAGAAUAGUGUCUCACUGAACAAAGGAGAGAUCUGAACCAAAAUGGGGACUGGAGGAGCCAUACUCUUCACAACAGAAAUAGAAAUGUACAACAGCCACCCAGAGCAGCUCUCUGUGUGUGAGUCACUGGUUUCCAGACUGCUGGGGCUGUGGAGGCAUCUGUAGUACCUGAACCCAGCCGAAAGCCAUGUGUCAUUGAGCCUGCGCUCGCUAUAUAAUGAUGAUAUAUUUUUCUUCUUAAGUAUUCAGCAUCUGAAAGUGUUCAGAAAAUAUUGAUUCAUAAGUAUGUGAAUUGUGUUAUUUUAUAAUGAAACCAUGGAGUUUUGGGUUGGGGGGUUGAGGGAGAUCUUUCUAGCUAAAUGUCAGGAUAAUCAGAAAACAUCGCAGCAGAAUGCAGUCGGUCUGUGGCCCGAGGUGAAGGCUCUCCCACUGACCUUAGGGAAUCCAGAGCUUGAUUUCCAAGGCUUGAUCUGUCCUAGCUUUGAGGUGGUGUCAGUUUGUGUCCUCAUGGCCAACAAACCUGUGCUUCUGCUUCAUGUCCCUGGGACUGCUGGCUCUAAACAAAAUCCUUGUGGAAGAGAGUUCUGCAGAACUGCUUUCUGCCGCACCUAUCUUCUUGGCUGGUAACUCCUUACUGUCCUUUAAACCAAAGAUAGCUCAUCUGGUGCCCAGGAAUUUACUUCAAGAAAAGCUUCUGUGUUUCUUUGAGGACCUGGCCUAAUGGAAAACUGAGUUUUUCGUGGGGAGAAGUAGCUGGACACUAGUUUUUCCUUGUUCACAGUAAGUUAUAAUCAAGCUCAACCCUUCCAUGCAUGUGUUUUGGUUUACAAGCGUGCAAGUGUUCACUUAGAAUUCCCAUCAAAUGUUCUGGCCCUCUUUGUAUGCGUUGAAUCAAACAGAGCCAGAGAGAACCUUUGUAAUAUUGAUGCAUUUCUCAAAUGGCCUGGAGGUUCCCAUGCCAGGUGCCAGCAAAAUGUCUGCAGGUGGGUUUGGAUCUGAUGGGUUGCCACAUCUCUGAAAGCUGAGGUCCUGGUGGCUGGCUGCCCUUGAAUACUGCGUGGGCUUUGGGCACUGAUGGUCCUUAUUUCACUCCAAAGGACCUAAUAGUUUUGAAGUGCUGGGGAUUCAUGGAGUAAUUUGAAGUUAUCUGUUUGAAAGGAAAAUAAGCAAUGUAUUAGUAGCUAAAAUACUGCUUUAUGGAGUAACACUUACAGGUGUUGUGCUCUUGUGCUGGAAACCAUCUGAAGGCUCCACCUAACAUCCACUGUUCUCCACCAAAAAAACUUGAAAACAAGAAAGUUAACUUUUUAACUGAAUGCAAAGAGCAGGACAAGGCAAGUUUUAGUGGAAGCAAACUCCCUGAAAACAUGAUAAAUAUUGUGUUGAAUUAGAAGGGAGAAUAAAGAACCUUAACCCCCCCCUAGACAACCAAAAUCCCUAAAAGGAUUUAACAAUCUGAGGUGUUUUUUCCUGUGUCAGACUGAGCAAUGUGUAAUAGAUGAAAGCAAAGCUGGUGGUGGUUUCACUUUUCAGGCUGUCCUGCACUACUACAAGGAUGCACUGUUUAGGUUGCAGGCACUUAGGGGGAUAUCUUUUCUGAAAGCCCUUGUUCCAUAAUUUAUUUAAAUCUAGUGGGGACACUUCUAAUGAUCUCUCCCAGACCUGGAACUUGACCCCAAAUGGUCAAGACUCAUGGCCUGACGUUUGGCCUGUACUUCUCUGUCGCUUGCCCCGAAGGGAGGUGAAGGCAUGAGGCUCUAGCCUGGCUUUACACCACUGUGCUUGGUGUGACUGGCUGCUGAGGAAGAGGAGUAGAAGUAGGUGGUCAGCACUGUUGUGGGGUCUGGUAGCACUCUUCAAGCCUUGCAACUAGCACCUAAAGAUACCAAAGAUUGGAAGCUUUUCAUUCACACUUCACUCCACCAGUGAUCAAGAGUGCAGCGGUCCUGUCUCUGUAGGUUUCUCUCUACCCUUGGUUUGUCCUCGCCAAAUUGAGACCUUCUUCUGUGGUCUUUCCUUACUGUGUUUUGGGAGAAUAGGGCAUGUGGAAAUGGUGUCACUUUCAAUGUUUCAAAGCAACUAAAUCCUCAGGAUCUGUUGUGGCUUUUACCUCAUAUCCAUCACAGUAGGCUGUUCCAGAGCAGAGCAAAGAGCAUCAUGGACUGAUGAGCUCAGUCCUUUUCCCCUCCAGAGCUUCUGGUCCUUCCCACCACCUAUGCUGAGAUGUGCCUACUCUGUGUUACACACUUGCAUUGCAGUCUGUAUUCGUGGAAGUUAAAUAGCAACUGUAGAGUGACAGAGAACAUUGGGGUUGCCAGCUUGGACUUCUUGUAUCCCAGGAGCUGCCCCAACGCCACCCAUUUGGCACAGGAACAAGCCAAAGCAUUACCUGUAUGUUUGGAGAUGCACUUUUAUGAAUGUAGUUUAUAUCUUCUCUUUUUUAGCUCUUUUUACGUCACGUAAACAGUGAUGCCUCAUACUUUUGUUCGGGGUUUGUUUUGUUUUGUUUUAUUUAUAUGGUAAAAAAUCAUAUUUGGUGAUUUUUAUAUAUAGCAACUCGACUGUUACAGGGGGAGGGGGGGCUGGGAAAUAAAUUUGACACCUUUAUGAGUUUUAAAAAGGUUAAAAAAAGCAGCUGGUUUUGCAGAGAAUUUGCUGAUGGUUUAUAACAAGUAGAACCGAGCCAAAAGAACCUUCUUUGUUUCCUCACAGCCCUCUUGGAUAUGGCAAAGGGAAGAUUUGGAUUCAUAAGGAGAUAAACCAGAUUGAGACUGAGUAUCAGGAAGAAAUUCUUUGCAGGGAUAAUGGGGAGACACUGGAACAGGUUGCCCAGGGAGGUUGUGGAUGCCUCCUCCCUGGAGGUGUUCAAGGCCAGGUUGGAUGAGGCCUUGAACAACCUGGGCUAGUGAGAGGUGUCCCUGCCUAUGGCUGGGGGCUGGAACCAGAUGAUCUUUAAGGUCCCCUCAAACCCAACCCAUUCUCUGAAUCUAAAAGCCCAGAGCUCCAGUGAGCACCUUGGGGCUGAUACUUGCACUCCAGCCUCUCAGCUGGCAUCAUAGUAAGUUUCAAGUGGAGAUAAAUGUAACUGUGUCUCUAAACUGAAUUGCAUCUGGCCUCUGCCCUGGCCUGGAUUGGCAACAACUGGGACUGAAUGAUGUAGGGCAGAGUGGAGAAGGAAUGCCAGUCUGACAAUAAGCUAUUGUGUCCAUUCCACGUGUUAGCUUGUGUGCUCUGCUGCUCCUUCCAGGAAGGGAUACAUAGUAAAGUUUGAGGGUUGGGAUCCUGCCCGCUCCCUAGAAGUGUUCUAGGCCAGGUUGGAGGAGGUCUCCAGCAGUUUGGUCUGGUGGGAGGUUUCCCUGCUUAUGGCAGGGGAGUUGGAACUGAAUGAGUUUUAAGGUCACUUCCAAUCCAACCCAUUCUGUGAUCCUUGCUGGAAGGUGCUGCAGAAAUGAAGAAUCUUCUGUAGAAAGGAAAAAAUUAUAGGAGUCCUGUUACUCUGAAACAGUCUGAGAUUCCCACCAGAGGGGAUUUGGCUGUCCCUGAGCUUGUUAGGAAACAAAAGUAAUGUCAUUUUGGUCUCGGUGUGACGAUUCUGUGCAUUCCAGGUUAUUUGCUUGUUCUCCAGGACAAUCUGAUCUUUGCCUAUUCUGCUGCUGGCAGGUUGCAGCAAAUUGGAUUUAUUCUUUUUUGUUAUUUUUGCUGUUGUUCAUAUUUUUGGAGUAAUGUUCCAAAAGACUUGGAAGAUGCUCCUAAUGGUUCUCAUUGUCAUCAAUAAUUGCCAAAACCAAACUGACCAAGAGGGCGAUUGGUACCUGCUGAGGUGGCACACGUUAUGCCCAGAGAGCCAGGGUAACCUGUGAAACCUCAGCAGAUAGAUCCAGCCCUGCUCUGCUAGGCAAAGACCAGAUAGUUGAGCUGUACAGGGGAGACUGAGGGAGGUCCCAGAGAUUGGUGCUUAGGUUAAUAGCUGCUGGAGGAAAAGCAGCUAUUUGUGCAAUCCCGUGGCAGUCACCUUGCUGCCUGCCCUCGGAGCUGGGAGUAGCAGUCUGUCUUCAGUGUCCUCUCUACUUGAAUGGUGUGGGGGCUUCAGGUUGUUAAACCCCAGAUUGGCAAGGAGCAAACCUCCCUGAGCAGGUCUGAGUCUGCCAGUUGGCAAAGGCAGAUGUGGUGAGGAGGCAGUUCAGAAACAAGCAGAGGGACUUGAUCAUUUUUGACACAGGCUGUGCAGAGCAGGGAGAAGUUGCUUUAACCUGGACUGUGCAGAAGAACCUUGAAGCAGUAGUCUCUAUAUGCCGACCGGGGGCUUGCAGUGCAAAGCCAGGCCAAUGUAUCGUUCUAUUUACAAUAAAAGUAUCCUUUCUAUGAA